ACCUCUCGAAAAAACUCUUCACACCACUUGAGCCUGUGCCCCUUUCACUAACAUCAAACUUUACCGGUUUUCCAGCACUCUCGUUGGCGCUCUCAACUCUUGUUUCUCGUCCAACCUUAGCCCAAACCUUGGAGCAGACGGACCGAGGUUCUUUCCAUGAUCGAGUCAGCCCCUCGACCGUUCUGUUAUCGCCUACCAAUUGUCCGUCCAGCCUAGCUUGAGUUUGCCGCAGACAUCGAUUCGCAUUCAAGUUGCCAUCUGCCCCUCAUUGAAUCCAACCUCGCCUGCCCCAGGACUCGACGUUGGCGGUUCAUCAUGAACGCGCAAGUUUCUUUCCUUGAUGGGACCUAUACGCUGAUUCACAUCCCUCUCAAUCUCUACUCGACACUGCUCCAGCCUAUCCUCCGCGUCCUCCUCCCACAGUCUCAGAGCCUGGGAAACUUGCGCGAUUCACCAGAGUACGAGCUACAGGGUCUCACAUCUGAUGGUCAACAUGGCUUUCUCAACAUCAGCAUCACCCCCCUCGAGUGCUCAGUGGUCUGCCACUCAUCAUGGGCACAGAAUGUGUUUGAGCCCGUCCUAAAGACGCUCCCGCGCGAUAUUGCCAAAUCGGUCUCGGUCUCCAAAGACUCGUACAUGAUCCUCUCGGUCAUUAGUGCUGGACUCGAUGCGGGCGGCCGUGUAAUGGAGUUGACCUCUCCACUGGCACUGGCUGGCAUCCCCAUCUUCUUCAUCACCACCUACUACUCCGACUUUAUUCUAGUGCCGACCUUGGAGCGCGACAACGUUGCCAAGUCCCUCCUCGCCAAGGGCUUUGAGUUGUGCGAGAACGAGUCCAACUAUGUCACACAAGGAUAUAAGAAGGGCGCCACCCAACCGACAGUGACCCCGCCGCACGAGGGUCUUCCGUCCAACGUUUCCGAGAUGCAGACACGGACCUUUGGCCUUCUCAAGAAACGGCAUGUCACUCCAAACAUCGAGGAGGGUUUGGUGCUGGUGCAAUGUUCUGGCCGUGAGGCAUCGCAGCUUGCAUCCUUCAACCACCAACGACCUUCGAUCAGCCGACACGCCACGGGGAACGGACGACGACCAAGCUGGGCGGAUAAUGUCGAUACGAAGCUGUACACAUGCAUCAUCUCGGCUCUUGUCUCGCAACCACGAUUCAUGUCGGUUACGUUGGCCCAGGACGACCCACCUUCGCUACUCCUCGACAAGAACCUUCUUGAUGUUUUUGGCGACUCUCUGGUGGGGGAUACAGAAGGCUGCCUGAUUCCAAUUUUCCUCAACCUGGAAAGUUUGUCUUUGGAAGCCACUGGUAUCGUCUGCGGUGUUGCGGGUAUCCUGGUGCAGGAUCCGCAGAUAGCGGAGAGCUCGGAACUCUCGUACCUCUCGACAGCCCAAGCAGGUGCUGUCAUUCUCUCGGAGGAGCAGUCUGUCCGAGCCAUGAGUAUCUUGGAGCCACUGCUCACCAAGGAGUCGUAGAGCGGUGGUCUUUUAAACUUGUAACAAAAAGGGGAGAUGAGUUGUUGACAGAUUUGUAACACCAAGGACUUUCAAACCCAAGGAGAGGCGUUUGGAGAUGGCGUAAAUGAUUUUCAUGUAAGGUAGCUGGGCGGCAGAGCAUGAUCAUGAUGCUGGGGAUCUGUAUCCCCUAUGUAAUCCAAGACGUGGAGUGGAUGGUGGGCGGGCUUUUUUUGUGUAUCUGUCUGGCGUUCUUCGGGAGGAGCUGUUCUGUUCCAAAUCGAGAUACCAUGAUGAUUUGUGU